AUGCCGUCACCGCCGCCGCCGCCGCCGAGGAAUUCUCUCAACGAGUCGUUCAUGGGCAACGGCAAUCACGCGCCCCAGCAGGUGGGCACGAAGCAGAGGCACGGCGGCGGCGGCGGCUUCCCGAGGCUGUCUGCCUCCAGCAAGGCGCUGGUCCUGCUGCCGCUCCUGCUCCUGGCCUUCAUCUUCCUCUUCAUGUACCCCAAGGAGUUCGAACUGCAGGCAAUGCUGAGCGCCUGCGGCCCGCCGGCUGCGGAGCCGGCGGCGGCGGGCGUGGCGGUGGUCCGGAAGCCCGACUUCCGGCUGCUCAUCGGCGUGCUGACCCGCGCGGACCUGUACGAGCGGCGGCACAUGCUGCGCAUGGUGUACGGGCUGCAGCUCGCGUCGCCGGAGGAGCCCCUCGCGGCGCACGUGGACGUCCGCUACGUGUUCUGCCGGCUGUACAAGGACGACCAGCGCGUGCUGGUGCCGCUCGAGAUCCUCGUCCACGACGACGUCAUCGUGCUCGACGGCUGCGAGGAGAACCUCAACGGCGGCAAGACGUACACGUUCCUGUCCACGGUGGCGCGUCUCUACGCCGACGAGCCCUACGACUACGUGAUGAAGGCCGACGACGAUAUCUUCCUCCGACUGCCGCAGCUGGUGGCGUCGCUGGGCGAGAUGCCCCGGGACGACAUGUACUACGGCGCCACCAUCCCGUGCGACAGCAUGGACCCGUUCCGAGAGUACAUGGCCGGCAUGGCCUACGCGCUGUCGUGGGACCUCGUGCAGUGGAUCGCCACCUCCGACGUGGCGCGCAACCACAGCGUGGGCACGGAGGACAUGCUCACGGGGCUCUGGCUCAGGAUCGGGGACAAGGGGAAGAACCGCUUCAACGCCAAGCCGGCCAUCCACGACUACCUCAACCCGGUGCCUGUGGACCAGUGCGAGCACGAGUUCAUGCCCAGCACCAUCGGCGUGCACAGGCUCAAGAGCAACCCGAGGUGGGCGGAGGCGCUCAAGUACUUCAACUUCACGGCAGGGCUCAAGCCGUCCAAGUUCUACAAGAUCGACUAA